CGCCCUGAUCUUCAACCAUCUGCCACUGAUUCGCAUUCUUCGCCAGUCCCCACAGUUCCUGGGAGAGACUCAUUCUGAGGUCUCUGAUAUGAUUGCGACGAUGCUAUCUUAGUGCGGCAUUUUUGAGCGGGUAUGUGAACAGCCCGUUACAUGAACUAUAACACUGGCUCGAUCCGCCCCCGUUGAGGCCGUGUUACCCCUCACCAGGAACUGCGCUGUGGAAAUUCUUCCCUAUCUCUCACAAUGUCUGGUAAACUCGACGUUCUCCUCGGAAAGCUAACACUCGAAGAAAAAGUCUCUCUUCUCGCUGCAGUCGAUUGGUGGCGUACACCUGUCAUUCAUCGUGAUGAUGUUUUCGUUCCACAUAUCAAGACUACAGACGGUCCAAAUGGAGCCCGAGGAGAGAGUUAUGUGAGUGGAAUCAAGGCAGCUUGUUUUCCCUGCGGAACAAGUCUAGGCGCCUCGUUUGACCGCGGCCUCCUCUACCGUUCGGGACAAGAGAUCGCGAAGGAAGCAAAGACCAAGGCUGCAAAUGUGCUUCUGGCUCCGACACUGAAUGUGAUACGCUCUCCCCGAGGAGGGCGGAACUAUGAGACAUACUCUGAGGAUCCCGUAGUCCUCGGGGCUUUGUCGGCAGCGUUUAUCAAUGGUUGUCAGUCAGAAGGCAUCGCUGCCACGCCAAAGCACUUUGUUGCCAACGACACCGAGAACAACCGCAAAAUCCUGUCCGCAGAACUCGACGAGCAGACCCUCCGAGAGAUAUAUAUGCUUCCAUUCCAACUACUUAUGAAGUGGUCGAAACCAUGGUGCCUUAUGACCAGCUACAAUCGAGUAAACGGGAUCUACGUGUCAGACAACGCCGGACUGGUGAAUGGAGUUGUGCGCCAGGAUUGGGGUUUCGCCGGGCUAGUGGUCUCGGACUGGAUGGGCGUCUACUCUACUGCCGAAAGUAUCAAUGCAGGUGUGGACGUCGACCUGCCAGGACCGACCAAGUGGAGAGGCGUCAAGCUACUGCAGGCUAUCACGGAUGGUACUGUUUCUGAAGAGACAGUCAAUAGCUCCGCACGGCGAGUGUUAGAACUCGCGCAGCGUCUAGGGCGCUUUGAGAACCCAGAAGAAGCACCAGAAGUGGCCCUCCAGGACCCGGAUCGUGACCAGUUCAUCCGAGUUGCCGGUGCACAGGGAAUGGUGUUGCUAAAGAAUGAGAAUGAUGUCCUUCCGCUCCCAGAGAAAGCCCCUGUUGCUCUCAUUGGACAUCACGCAUUCAAUGCCGCUCUAGGAGGUGGUGGAAGUGCCCGGGUUGACUCCCUCCGCGCCGUCAGUCCCAUUCAAGGGCUGAGGGAAGCUGGGUUUGGUGUAAUCGAAGCCCCUGGGGUCCCUGUGUUUGGUGCUCUACCUCAUGCAGAUACUGCAAUUCUCUAUGCAUCAGAUACACAGACGCAGUCACCGGAGCCAGUAAACCUAGAAUGGUUCAACGGCCAUAUCAUAGGGCAGAACUUGGUCCACAAAGAGACAAAGGCGCUACCCGAAUACAUGAUAAAAGAGAAAUGGCCAUCCUACCUCGAUUCCGAGUACUGCACCAGAAUGGAAUUCGCUGUCCGCCCAACAACAAGCGGCGAACACAUCCUUUCCGUCAUCUCCACGGGUCCUGCAAUCUGCUACGUCAACGGCGAAAAGGUUUUCACAAGGUCUCAAGAAACCGACCUCAAGCCAGAAUCAUUCUACUUUUUCAAAUCUCAACUUGAGCAACGCUUCAAAUACUCCAUGCAAGCCAACCAAUUUUAUACACUUACACUUGAAUCUUGGAACACCGACCCAGCCUUGCUCAACUCUCACACUCUUUCCGGUGGCCGCUUAUUUCAGGGUUCGACCAUCCGCUUCCACGAAGCCAUCGACCUCCCCAAGCGCAUAGAGGCCGCGUGCACCGCUGCUUCAAGGGCCCAAUACGCCAUUGUUUGCAUCGGCACGACGCCAGAAAUUGAAUCCGAGGGCUUCGACCGGACCUCAUUCUCCCUUGCCCGCCCACAGUACGACCAGAUCCUUGCAGUAGCACGCGCCAACCCAAACACGAUUGUCGUCAACUUCAGCGGCGGUCCCGUAGACCUUACUCCUUUUAUUGACCGGGUACCGGGUCUAGUGCAGGCCUGGUUUCCUGGCCAGGAAGCCGGGCACUCCCUCGCUCUGGUCCUUUCAGGGAAAAUGAACCCCAGCGGCCGGCUGCCAUUCACGUGGCCCCGUCGGGACGAAGAUAACCCGUCAUAUGGCAAUUUCCCCUGUGAUGAGAACAAUAUCGUCAGGUAUGCCGAGGGUCUAGACGUAGGGUAUCGAUACUACGAUCGCGAGAAUACCCCCAUUCCUCUGUUCCCAUUCGGAUUUGGACUCUCGUAUGAUAUGCACGUCGAGGUCUCCAGCAUCCAUAUCUCGUCCACGCAGCCAGCAUCACUCUCAGACCCCACUGACACAAUCGAAAUCACCUGCGCAAUCCGCAAUCUCGGAACUCGCCCAGGCGCAACCGUGCUGCAGUACUACAUAAGUUUCCCAGAGGACCUUCGCAACUGCUCCGCCGGUCGGAAACGACCACUCAAGGAACUUAAAGACUUUGUGAAGGUACGGGUUGAUCCUGGUGAUGUGCAGAUUGUAUCUGUGAAAUUGGAUAAAUAUGCUGUGAGCUACUACAACGUCGAUGGGGGAUGCUGGCAGGCAGAUGAAGGCUCGUAUACAGUUUCCAUGGCGGGCUCGGUGGAGGAAAUCUAUGGGGCUGUGCAGGUUGAGGUUACUCGGGGGUUUACCUGGAAUGGGCUCUAAAAUUUGUAUCUAACAGAUUGUAGGGAAGUGGGUAGGUAGGGUAACUCAUUACUCGUCAAUCAAUAUAUAGAUGUUGCGAU